AUGAAUACAUCUACCGCAUGUUUUCGUAAGCAACAAAAAUAUUUUUAUGAAUAUUUAUAUCUAAUUUACUUAUUUGAUGCAGUAAGGGUAUUGCAAUCAAAACAUGAUACGAACAGUUCUCUUCAUUUAUCUUUAGCUGAAAGCUCCAAUAUUUUAUUUGCGGCAGAGCACAUUCAUUUGAGCUUUAAGAUGUUUCAUAAAAACAAAACAAAAAAUAUUCAAAAUGAAAAAGAGGGGAAACAAGUUCCUAUGAUUGCGUGCAGAUUAAUGACACUGAAGGUAUUUAUGUUUGUAAAAUGUUCCCAUGAAUUCAGAACGCAUGAAGUUGAAUUCGUCAUUGCACGAAUAGAAGUUUCAGUAUAA